UUUUUUUUUGUGUGUGUCGAUGCGACAGUUCAAAGUUCAGAUAUUUAUUGAUAGUUAAAACUUAAAGUUACAGGGCAGUAUUCUUUGAAGGCUUUUACGGAUGGGAUUAUUAAGUCUAGAAACAAAAUAAUUGAAGCACCAGUUGUAGAAAUUGUACACUUACGUCAUCUGUUUUUUUUUUUUUUUACCAUUUGAACAUCCAUACUUUUAGGAAGAUGUCAGCAUUAUUAAGAGGAGUUUUCAUAACAGCUGCUAAACGCACUCCAAUUGGAACUUUUGGAGGAAGGCUAAAGGACAUUAGUGCUAUCAACUUGGGUGUUAUUUCAAGUAAGGCAGCACUUGAGGCAGCCAGUGUUCCUCCUGAACUUAUAAAUUCAGUAACUGUAGGGAAUGUCAUACAGUCUUCAUCCAUUGAUGGUGCAUACAUAUCUCGAUCGAUAGCCUUGAUGUGUGACAUACCUAAGGAAGUCCCCUGUUUAACUGUUAAUCGGCUGUGUGGUUCAGGAUUUCAGGCAGUUGUCACAGGAGCUCAGGAAAUCUGUCUCAGAGAAUCUGAAAUUGUCCUUGCAGUUGGUGCUGAAAACAUGAGUCAAGCUCCAUUUGUAGCCCGAAAUAUCCGGUUUGGUGUUCGGUUUAUGAGUGAACCUAAGCUUGAAUGUAUGUUGUGGGGUGCUCUUACUGACCACUACAUCAAGAUGCCUAUGGGAAUCACUGCUGAAAAUCUUGCUGAUAAGUACAACAUAUCUCGAGAAGAUGCUGAUAAAUUCGCUUAUCAGUCACAGAUGCGUUGGAAGAAAGCCCACGAAAAUGGAUAUUUCAAAGACCAGAUUGUGCCUUUGACUAUAAAAUUGAAAGGAAAAGAAAAUAUUUUUGAUUUUGAUGAACAUGCCAAACCAAAAACUACAAUGGAAGAUCUAACUAAACUUUCUCCAGUAUUUAAAGAAGGAGGAAUAGUCACUGCAGGUAAUGCAUCGGGAAUUUCAGAUGGAGCAGCAAGUUUAAUACUAGCCAGUGAAGAUGCCAUUGAGAAGCAUAAAUUAAAGCCUUUGGCAAGAAUAGUUGGUUACAGUGUUGUUGGAUGUGAUCCCACUAUUAUGGGGAUUGGCCCAGCUCCUGCCAUACAAAAACUAUGUGAUCAAACAGAUGUGAAGAUGGAAGAUGUGGAUCUUUUUGAGGUGAAUGAAGCAUUUGCUCCUCAGGCUUUAGCAGUAGAAAAGGCUCUUGGUUUAGACCCAUCCAAAACAAAUGUCAAUGGAGGAGCAAUUGCAUUGGGUCACCCUGUUGGAGCAUCAGGAGCAAGAAUAACCACAAACCUUGUUCAUGAGCUGAGGCGUCGUGGAGGAAAAUAUGCCAUUGGAUCAGCAUGUAUCGGUGGGGGACAAGGCAUUGCACUUAUGCUAGAAAAUGUGAAAUGAAACUGUAUUUCUUGGUGAAUUAAACUUAAAUUUUGGUAUACUAGCUGGAAAAGAUAAAACUUGAGCCAUGCAUGAUUUGCAGUUCUAAUGGCACAAAAAUAUUGCAAGCAAGGGAUAUUAUACAUACAUCUUUAUGAUGAUAUUACUUUUAAGAUGAUAAAACAGUGCUAAAAGACUGUGAAUUCAUUUUAGAAACUAAAGUUAUGAAUGAUUUACUAUAAGAAGAAAAUUAUGCUAAUUUUUAAUACUAUGAAACAUGAAACAUUCUGCUAAUGUGAAACAACGUUUGAUAUAUUUUGUACUGUAAUAUCAACAAAUUAAAUAAAAUAUUAACAAGUUAUGUAAUA